CGACCUCUGAAUCCGUUCUGGCAAGCAACGCUCUCCAUUAUCAAGGACACUGCAAUCAAUAACCAAAAAUGGCACUUCCUGUCGUUCGAGCGUUGGAGGACUGCGCCGACUUCACCAAAGCGGUGAAGCCCUUUAUCCCGCAGCUCUACGACCUCCCGGCGAGGCUGCUCGACGCGUUUGCCGGCCGCGAGAAUCUCCUGAAGCUUUAUGCUGAGACUAACCCGCUUAUCUCUGGCUUUGCCCUCUCGCUGGUGCUUGGUGGCGUGUUCCUCGUCGUGGCCGAAGUCAACCGGAACUACUCACAGGUCGACCGUUGCUGGAGCCUGCUGCCAACCCUGUACAUUGCCCACUUCGAUGCGUGGGCACGCCUGCACGGCGUUCCUUCGCGACGGAUUGAUGCAGCGCUGAUCUUCAGUACAAUAUGGAGUAUACGCCUCACCCGCAACUAUUGGAGAAAAGGGGGCUACAACGUGGGGCACGAGGACUACAGAUGGGAGAUUGUCCGGCAGCACGUCCCUAAAGCUGUCUUCCACGUCUUCAACUGGACCUUCAUCUCAUUCAUCCAGAGCGUCCUGCUCUUCCUGAUCGCUGCCCCUGUCUACACUGUUCUGUUGGCAUCGACUAUUGAGCACAACCUCACAAGCGCCGAUCUCGCAGCGAUGGCCAUCAACCUGGGGCUCGUCCUGGCUGAGUACAUUGCUGAUGAGCAGCAAUGGGCUUACCAGUCAGCGAAGAAGCUGUACAAAGACACAGGCAAAGUCACGCGGGGCUUCGAGCAAGCCGACCUUGACCGCGGCUUCAUCACGUCGGGCUUGUGGGGGUACAGCCGUCAUCCCAACUUCGCCGCGGAGCAGUCCAUCUGGUUCGUGCUGUACCAAUGGAGCUGCUACGCGACUAGGACGCUGUACAACUGGGCCGGCGUCGGCCCGUCCUUCCUCAUCCUGCUGUUUCAGGGCUCUACCUGGCUCACGGAGCUCAUCACGGCGGGCAAAUACCCCGAGUACGGCGAGUACCAGCGCAGCGUGGGCAUGUUCACGCCAAAGGGUUUCUCGGCUUACAAGACGCCUGCCUUGAAGGUGCCCCGCGUCAUCCGCACCAGCGAGCUGGCGAAGAGGCAGCAGCAGAAGGAGAAGCAGCAGAAACAGAAGUGAGGAUCUACGUAACAGGGAAGCGGGCACAAGACCGACACCGGAGACAACCAAAAACCAAGCAAGUAGUGCAGAAAUCAACCUCCAGGCGUCGCAACAAUUGGCCAACGGUGUUACGAACAUAGCGUUAUGCACUGUGUUUUGUCGGUGCCGUGGGAUGGGUGCGGGGAGGAAUGGGGCGCGAACUCAGCCCAGGGAACAUGGUACUCAACUCCCCAGGCCAUCAGGGUCCAUUUUCGAAACACUCGAGGGCAUCGAUCCACCAAGUGGCCUUAUAAUGAAAACUGGGGGAAAGGGGCGUCGUCGAGAUGUGAUGUGACCAUCGUUUCGCAGUAACUAUGUAAAGUACGAGGGGUUUCGGUGCUACGCUGUCAUCACAACUGAGGAAACAAUAGGAAAUCGGGCAUAUCAUCGAUGGAUGACAUGACAGGACACUUCCAUUUUCAACUAGGCUGUGCAGUGUCGAAUCGAUCAAUCCCAGGGGCAUGGUCAAGG